CGCGGCUGACGGGGCAGGGGCGGGCCCGGCGCGGCCCGCCUCGCCCGGGCGAUGCCUCAGCGCGCCGGCAGCGACAGAGGCAGCGGGGGGGCGGGCGGGUAGCGGCAGCGGGGACGCGGCGCUGCUGCUGCCCUGCCUUUCGCUGCCCGCCGGCGGCCCUUUCUCCGCCCCUCCCUGCGCCGCCCCGCUCCGGUCCCCGUCUCUGCCGCCGCUCCUGGGCAGGGAGGGAGGGCUGGGAGCCGCCUCCCGCUGCCCCCCGCGCCCCCCUCCCCAUGCAGCCCAGCCCGGCGCUGGGAGCCCUCCCCGGGGGGAUGUUUCUGCGGCCGCUGCCGGGAUAACCGGCGCCCUGUCCGCCCUCGCCCUGGACGGAGAAUGCUGCCCGCGCCGUGGCGGGCUCCGACUCGGGCAGCAGCGGCCUCGUCCCCCCGCUCGGCUCCGGGCACCGCCGCCGGGGAGAGAUGACUUCAAGGUACCAGGCGGACUGGAUCCCUUACAGUGUUCUGGAUGAUGAGGGGAGUACUUUGCGUCAGCAGAAGCUUGACAGGCAGCGAGCAUUGCUAGAACAGAAGCAGAAAAAAAAGCGCCAGGAGCCGUUAAUGGUUCAGUCCAAUGUGGACGGUCGCACAAGAACGCGCAGAAUGAAACAUUCGGAAGAACAAGCACCAUUGGUUGAAUCGUAUCUUAACAGCAACAGCAGCACCAUAUAUCAUGCAGUGCAGGAGGCCGAACAGGAAGAUGUAAAGGUGGUAGUGGAUGUCCAAGCUCCGAAAUCAACUAAAAAAACCAAGGCAGCAGCUGCAAGCUGUCAAACUGGCAACACCAGAAAGGAGAAAAAAGGGAAACACAAAGGAAUUGAUGGCCCAGCUGCUUUUCAAGAGGAUGUUCAGAAGAUAGGAAGUCAAGUACAGAUUCUCACUAUUGGACAAUUGAGCCAUGAUGAAGAUGAUGGAGAGAAAAUGGCUAGUGGCCAACAGCAGCAGAACAAACAGGAUCUUAGAACAGCCAUGCAGAAAAAGGAUCCCCAUGCAAAUACAUCCUGGUCCACUUCCACCUCCCAGUCCAGUCUUGUCGCCCUGGAUCAUGUUCCUGGCAUUUCAAGCAGCAUGAAUUUUGAUGAGGAAGAGGAUGAGGAAGAUGAAGACAGCUCUAGUUCUUCACAGUUAAACAGUAACACCCGGCCUGGUUCUGCCACGAGCAAGAAAUCCAAUAAGGAAGCAGCCUCAGCCCCCAGUCCUUCCACAAAUGAGCCUCUCAUAGACGUUGAUGACCUGGAGGAAUUUGCUGUAAGACCUGCUCCACAGGGUGUCACUGUCAAAUGCAGAAUCACAAGAGACAAGAAGGGAAUGGAUCGAGGGAUGUACCCUACUUAUUACCUCCACUUGGAAAGGGAGCAUGGUAAAAAGGUGUUUCUAUUAGCUGGAAGGAAACGGAAGAAGAGCAAAACCUCUAAUUACCUCAUCUCCAUAGACCCAACUGACCUGUCUCGGGGUGGAGAGAGCUUUAUUGGAAAACUGAGAUCGAAUCUUAUGGGAACCAAGUUUACAGUUUAUGACAAUGGAGUAAAUCCAAUGAAAACAACAGCAAGCCUGGAGGUGAAUAUCCUGCGUCAGGAGUUAGCUGCUAUUUGUUAUGAAACAAAUGUCUUGGGGUUUAAAGGACCUCGCAAAAUGAGUGUGAUCAUACCAGGAAUGAAUAUGGACCAUGAAAGAGUUUCCAUCAGACCACGGAAUGAACAUGAGACACUUCUUGCAAGAUGGCAGAACAAAAAUACAGAAAGCGUCAUUGAGCUGCAUAAUAAAACUCCAGUCUGGAAUGACGACACCCAGUCAUAUGUUUUAAAUUUCCAUGGUCGAGUCACACAGGCCUCAGUGAAAAACUUCCAAAUUAUUCAUGAUAAUGAUCCUGACUAUAUUGUGAUGCAGUUUGGCCGUGUGGCUGAGGACGUCUUCACCAUGGACUACAACUACCCAAUGUGUGCGCUGCAAGCCUUUGCUAUUGCCCUUUCAAGUUUUGACAGCAAGCUGGCUUGUGAGUAAAGGGGUGUGGGAGAACAUCCUCUCAGAGGAAGCAGUUUGCCAUACGAUUCCCAGUCUUGCUGGUGUCACUGAUGGUCCGUACUAAACAGGUCAGGGAAAGUACGGUUCUGGAGGACCACUAUAUUGCUGGGGAGAAAAUAAAAUGAAUCUUUUUAAAAUUCAGGACAUUCAGGAAAUAAUGUUUUCCUUUUUUUCCUGUCAUAUUUUUCUGAAAGUGGCAUCAAGUUUGUGUAAAUAGAAGUCCUAUCUCAUGUUCUUGAUUAUGUUAUGGAGAUCUGCCAUGAUGUACUGUACCGUGGCUCUAGUAGCACCUUUAUAAUGGUGUGUCUUUUUUAAAGCCAGAAAGCGCGCUUUCAAAAAAUUUCUUUUUACAUUUAAAUAUUCUGAGGCUGCAAUCAUACCUUGAGGUUGCAUUCCUGCAUUGGAUAAUCUGAGCUCCACAUCCUCCAACAUAAAAGAAAGAUCACAACAAAGAUGCACUUUUUUGAAUUUGCAAGGAUCUUGUGUAGCAUAAAGCCAGGUCUGAGAGUUGAAAACCUAUAGUGGACUGAACUUGAUGCAUUGCUACUGUAUAUGUAGAAGGGUAUGGUGAAUUUUAAUUGCAGUAGGAGGAAAUGGAGAAGUAGAAAGCACAAAAUAAUGUUGCACAAAUCACUGGAAUUCUGAGUUGUCAUUAUGUUUUAACAUCUACAUGCUUUUUAAUUUGUUUAAAAUGAAAAUGUAUUGGGAAUACAGCAAAGGAAGAGGAAAACUCUGUAGAUGCCAAGAAAGCAUAACUUAUGUUGAAUUUGGCAUGUUGCUCGUUGGGAACUUAUAUCCUUGUAUUGCUGUGGUAAUUCAAACACAUAUUUUGUAUGAAGUGAUAUGAACAGUUGGAUAAAGGCUCUCAGCACAGAAUCUUAUUUUAAGCAGACUGUGUACACUUGAGGAAGGUAAAUGGAAAUAUUUUAUUAAAUUUGUCUGGCCUUUUGCAAUUUUAAAAUUUGUUGAUUGCUUUUUUUUGGAAUUUUCAGCAACAACCACUUUUCAUAUUUAUUUACCAUUGUAAGAAUGCUUGAAUCGAUUGAAACUGUGUAUGUCAUUCUGUAGUGUAAUGUAGUGCCAGCUACUGAGCUAAAUCCUUCUAGGCAAAUCCAGUUUAUGUUGCAUACAAAUGAGAGAUUGGCAGGACACUGAAUAGCUUAAAAUAGUAUUUUCUUUUUCUUCAUUUUUUUCUGAGUUGUCUGCAAUAUAUAAACAAAUACCAUUUCAAAACAUAAGCAAAGAGCAAGCCAUUCUCUUCUCUUCUGAAUAUCUGAGAAGCCAAGAGCUGCAACUGAAAGCGCAGCUUAAAACACCUUUAAAAAUAAUGAAUCUCUCUAUAUUGUUCUAUACAGUACUAUCCCAGAUGGCACACAAAGUAAUAGAAUUUAUAUGUAGUUCACCAGAAGGGUAUUGAAAUGUGAGUGGAGUGAAAAAGUAAUUGUGUUUUAUACUGUGUGUAUUCAGAUCCCCCUUUUUAUUCUUUAUAGCCUCUUGCGUUGCACAACCAAAGAUUUUAUAAUGAGAAAAGGAAAUCAAAUCUGUGUGUCUCACAGCUUUCAGUCCUUUUUUGACUGUAGGGGACAGGCCAUAAGGACAGGUUGUGCCAUUUGGAUUGUGUAAUUUUGACACAUAAAGAAAUAAUGCUGUCUUCUGUUGUUUGCCUUCAGGUCUCUUUCCAAGUAUACAGGCAAGGAAAUUUCAGGGGACUAAUAUGCUUGCAUACUAACAAUAAUUAGAUUAUUGUUGUUCACUUCACAGCUUUAUUUGAAAGUCUGUUUUUUCAGAUGGAGGUGGAAAUAAAUAAUUGGCAGCUUUUUUUAUAAUCAUCUUCUUUAUAUCUAUGGGAAAAAAGUCUGCUAGCUUUGAACUGUUUUCUUGGUGGACUCAGCCUGUCAAAUGUGAUCUUUAAAUAACAGGAGACUGUCAUUUUUCUUAAAUCUUUUUUGCAAGAAGCAUUUCCACGUAACUGUAUAAACUGGAAAGUCACCUUAGUUUGAGGUAAAUGAGCAGUCAGAUUCUUCAGUGAAUGAUCAAAACGAUGAGUCAGGAACUGCAGUCUGUUAGUAGCACUUCGUAUGUGGAUGCUUUGUUUUCCCCUCUAGUUGGUGUUUUUGCACUGCCUCACAUCCCCGUCCAUGAUAUCACUUUGGAUUUUAACACAAGGAUGGCUCUUAAGCCUUCAGUUACCUGUCAUAAGCCUUUAAACACUAGUGAGAGUUUGUUUAGCCUAUUGCAAAAACAGGAAUUCCCAUUGCUAGUAUUUAGGUCUGAUUUGGAUUUCAGGUAUGCUGCAGCAUGGGAAUGGUUGAAUCUGUGUGGCUUUAAUUCUGUGGAUCACCAGUAGUGUAUUUUCGUUAUAAUCCGAGAAAGUGGGCCCUAAUGUAAUUCUCUGCCUCUCUCUAUGCACAAAACUCUGUCAAAAGACCUAAGCGCAAGUCGUAUGCUGCAAAUACACCAUCUGUUGGCGUUAGUAGUGAAGUUGGCUUAGGAAGAUUUAUUUUUAACCUGGAUCAUAAUGGUCUGACUUGCAUCUUGGCCCCACAGGGAACUGGCACGAAAUGGAAGCUCAUGUGCAAUGAAUUUCUGCGCAAGAGUGUGAAUGAGGAGCUGGGGAAAGGCAGAGAGCUAAACUUCUUGGGGCAGUUUUGCUGCCAGCACAUUGUGUAGCUUCACUCUUACUGCAUGUUCUUUCCCGGCCAGUUUUUUUUUAACCUGUAAACAUGCCAGGAGGAAAGCGGUGACUCAAAUUCCCAUCAUCCUAACAGAAUCUGACAGCCUCAACAGCCAAGGAACUGCCGAGGAGAAAUUUCCCACUGUAAAUUCAGGUCACUAGAGGGGAGCGUUAACUUGGGACUAAUAGGAAUGAGGAGCUCUCAUGAAAUCUGGUGUCAGUUAUGGUAGUAUUUGUGUCUAGGGUCCCUUGCCAAAACCCUGAUUCCUCAAUGUUUUUGAGCCAAGGUACUGUGUUCUUUUGAUUGACCUGUCAUCAUCUGCUCUAAAAAGCAGUUGCUUUUAAUUUAGACUGGCAUUUGUAUAAUUUGAGAGGAAUACUUUCUGCUGAAGGGCAGCACUACAAUGUAAAGUGAUAUUACUAGUUUUCCAGCAGCUCUCCGCAUUUUGUUUUCUUGACUACUUGAUGAAUUUGCAGGUUCUGUCUGAACAUACUCGCAGGUUCCGUCUGAACGUAUCUGAGAUGACACAGUCCUCAUGAAAUUAGGUUUUCCUGCACACCUGCAGUAUACUCCUGGCAGCAGUACAUAUUUUCAGAGAUACAUACAUACUAAAAUAACCUAGGAGUAGUUAGUGGCACAGCUGUAUUAUAGUAGCUUCUGGAGUGGCUGCAUGUCAGUGUGCAACAGGAAAUAAACCUUGUCCACUCAGUGUGACAAAUACAAAUGGUAGCAAGCCAUAUAUUUCCUUCACGUAGUUCCAGUGAGUAUUUGGAAUACAGUAGAUUUAAUAUUAUUUAAAAUCUCAAUAUUGAUGUUUUUUUGCAUCUGCUGUUGAUUUUGGCAGAGUGUUGUAAACAAAUUCCUUGCCCGAAUUGCUUAGAGGCAAAUGCUGCAUGCUUUAAUGAGAGUUCUUAAUCUAACUUGUCACUCUGUUUACAUCAAACAGUUUCUUCCUAGCCCUUUAUCUGAUUUUCUUCAUCUCUCAUGUGCUGUUGCUCUUCAUUCUCUUCACAAUCCCUUUAUCUUUUCUUCAAGGAUGUGCAACUCAAAAGUGUUUAUUUUGACAGUAUUACUCAGUGAUUUUUCUACAGAUGAAUAACGCCUAUAGUGCACAUCCAGUGAUGCUCCUACAAUAGAAGCCUUAUCAAAGGGUUAAAUUUGGCCCUUUGGCUUUUCAGUAGAGUAAAUUAACACAUUAAAAGGUAGCAGAUAAAAGAAAGCUUGGCUAAAAUGUAAUCAGAAUUUCUUUCAGUAAACAUUCAGUAACUAGUUUCCAAACCAUUGGUUGCAAUCAAUGAGCAGAACUGUUCACAAGCCUGGAAGCAAACUGUUAUACAAAUUCUCUUUGUAGUCUUGCCUUAUUUUUCCUUUUUCAAGGUGUCGAAAGUGAUUCUGUGAACUGAAAUGUGUUGGUGCCGUCAAAUAGAGUUUGUUUUCUAGAAGGGAACCAUCAUUCUGCUCCUCUUAUAGGAUAAUAUAUGGCACACAAAGGUGCAUUCAUCCCAUAAAAUAGUAAUGUCGUAGGCCAUUGUUAUGAAUUCUGAUGCUCAGAAGUCUGUGCGAAUGGCUUUCUAAUAAUUACUGGGCAAAUCUCUCACUAUUCAAGUUGCCUUACAAUAGUACCGGAAUUCCCAGCUGGCUCUCCUCAUGAGGUGCUAGAACAGAGAAGCUUUAAUGAAAAGGGCUCUAUAAUGUAGCUUCACGAUUGUGGACCCAAAUGACACCACAGAGCUCUAUCUGUCAUGAUGAGCCAAUGCCAUCAAUUCUAACACUUCCUGGCUUUUUGCUCCCCUUUGAUGAACAAAAGAAUUCAGAGGGACUUAAAAUGAGCAUAAACAUCAGAGAAACAUCUCUGAAAGUACAAAGCAUUAGACCUACUUUUCUACCUAUAAAAAUCUCACCCUACAUGAGUAAGAAGAAUGAGAUCACUUCAGUCCUUCAGUAAAGAAAUUACCUCCCAGUUCUUGCAUCUUAGCUUUUUGCGAUUUUAUUACUAUUUAUUUUACAUAAGGAGGCAAUAAGGACUGGAUGCUGUACAGUCACACAGCAUACAAAUUCUUGCCCUGAAGAGAUGAAGAAUCUGAACCAGUAUCAGAAUGUUUUGUCUUUGGUUAUAUUAGUAGCACAGGACAGUAGGUUGUCUGGUGUUUUAGGCAGAGACAGUUUCUACUGAUGUUUGGCGGAUGUUGGAGGGAAGAUUUUUAGUUUCAUGCUGCGGAAUUCCAGAUAGCCCCCUACUGUCUUGUUUUUCUGCUGUUUCUUUUUUUUUCUUUCUUCUCUCUCUUUCUUUCUUUUUUUUUUUUUUUUUUUUUUUUUUUUUUUUUAAUGUGCUCACCGAUAAAUUGUGGCCAAUAAGAACAGCACAUGUAAUAGAACAGCGAUCACAUUUAUUAGAAUUAUGGGCUGACGGCUCUCAGAUUUCUCACAUGACCUUGAACUGGAGUUCAUCUAACUGCAGAUCCAGGCUCCUCUCAGAUGCGCCAUUUCAUGAAACUGGGUUUGUGGUGUUCAUCAUGUAUGAAACAUCCCUUUUAGGGUUCUACUCUGUAAGUAUUCAAAAUUAAUUGUGUAGAGAUUUUUCGGUUCUUACUAGCCCAGGAGCUAUGAAAAGGAUCUGCACAGUUAUCUCAAUGUUUUGGUAUUUUGCUAUGAAAUAUAGCUCAGUAGCUGAUACUUGCAAAUGCCUGUGUACUGGAGGAAAAAUGCAUUAAAACUUAUUUUAUA